AUGUUGACCCAUUUCUACCUUAUUUGGAACUUAGCUCUUCUGGUUGUGGCACAGGAUGUGACCGAAAAAGCUGCCCAGUUUUUGACACAAUUUGAUGCCAAAGCAGAAGACCUCUCUUAUGAAAGUUCAGUUGCUUCAUGGAACUAUAACACCAACAUCACAGAAGAGAACGCCAUAAAGAUGAAUGAAGCGGGCGCCAGAUGGUCAAGUUUUUACGAUGAAGCCUCCAUAAAUGCCAGUAAUUUCAAUGUGGAUAGCAUUGCUAAUGACACCAUCAAACUCCAACUUCAUUUUCUGCAGAACAGAGGAUCAUCAGUAUUACCCACAGAAAAAUACAACCAACUGAAUUCUAUUUUAAAUAAGAUGAGUACCCUCUACAGUACUGGGACUGUGUGCAGGGAAGACGAUCCUUUUACCUGCUUGCCCUUGGAACCAGGCUUGGACCAAAUAAUGGCUGAAAGCAAGAAUUAUGCAGAGAGACUGUGGGCUUGGCAAGGCUGGAGAGCAGAUGUUGGCAAGAGGAUGAGGCCUCUCUAUGAAGGUUAUGUUGAACUGAACAAUGAAGCUGCAAGAAAGAAUGGAUAUUCUGACUAUGGAGAUUACUGGAGGGGAGACUAUGAAGUAGAUUUUCCAGAGGCAUAUCGAUAUACUCGUGACGAACUAGUUACUGAUGUGGAAAAAACAUUUCAACAAAUAGAACCUCUGUACAAAGAGCUGCAUGCUUAUGUAAGAGCUCAUCUGCGUGAGGUCUAUGGUUUUCAUCUCAUUGACCCAAAAGGAUGUCUCCCUGCUCAUUUACUUGGUGACAUGUGGGGCAGAUUUUGGACAAAUUUAUACCCUCUAAUGAUUCCCUAUCCAAAUAAGCCAAACAUCGAUGUAUCUUCUGCAAUGGUGCAAAAGAACUGGAAUGUAACUAUGAUAUUUAAGGCUGCUGAGCAAUUUUUUUCUUCAGUUGGACUCUUUAACAUGACUGCGGACUUUUGGACCAAAUCUAUGCUUGAGGAACCUAAUGAUGGCAGAAAAGUGGUUUGUCACCCAACUGCUUGGGAUAUGGGGAAAAAAGACUACAGGAUCAAGAUGUGCACAAAAGUGAACAUGGAUGACUUCCUAACAGCACACCAUGAGAUGGGCCAUAUUGAAUAUGAUAUGGCCUAUUCCGACCUUCCUAUCUUGCUAAGAGGUGGUGCCAACGAAGGGUUCCAUGAAGCUGUGGGAGAGAUCAUGUCACUUUCUGCAGCCACUCCAAAGCACCUGAAAAGCCUUGGCCUUCUGGAGCCUAACUUUCAAGAAGACAAUGAAACGGAUAUCAACUUCCUUCUCAAACAGGCCCUCACCAUUGUUGGAACAAUGCCUUUCACGUACAUGCUGGAGAAGUGGCGGUGGAUGAUGUUUUCCGGGGAAAUCCCAAAGGAGCAAUGGAUGCAGAAAUGGUGGCAGAUGAAGAGAGAUAUAGUUGGUGUUGUGGAACCAUUGCCCCAUGAUGAGACAUACUGUGAUCCUGCAGCUCUUUUCCAUGUAGCAAAUGACUACUCAUUCAUAAGAUAUUACACAAGGACCAUAUUCCAAUUCCAGUUUCAAGAGGCACUUUGCGAAGCUGCUGGACACAAAGGCGCACUUUUCAAAUGUGACAUUUCUAAUUCCAAAGAAGCUGGUCUCAAGUUGCGGAACAUGCUUGCUUUAGGGAGGUCAGAGCCUUGGACCAAAGCUUUAGAAAUAAUGACAGGAGAGAAGAAGAUGAAUGCAACACCAUUGCUCCACUACUUCGAGCCCUUGCGUUUGUGGCUUGUACAGAACAACAAGGCCAACAACAGAACCGCUGGUUGGGAUACAACCUGGUCUCCAUACCGUAAGGAUGCAGUCAAAGUCAGGAUCAGCCUGAAACAAGCCCUGGGAGAAAAUUCAUACACAUGGGGCGAAGAUGACAUGUUUUUAUUCAAGGCCACCAUCGCCUAUGCCAUGAGGAAGUACAUGUCAGAGACCUAUAAUAAAACAGUGCCAUUUCAGACAAACGAUGUCUAUGUAAAUAAUGUGACACAAAGGAUCUCUUUCUAUUUGACAGUCAGCAUGCCUAAUAAUGUAUCAGAUUUGGUUCCUAGAAAAGAUGUGGAAGCUGCAAUCACGUAAGUUCUUUUUUCCUAUUGCAAGCAAAUAGUAUGCGAGCAAGAUGAUCUGUGUGAGAGUGAAG